GAUUCAGCGCGUUAGUUCAGCACGUCUGCCGGUAUCCUGCGCAUCGCUUUGUCUGCAGCUACAGUACUGCACGUGUACCGGUAUACUCUGCUCUGCAUUUUCUCGCACGGACCGUUGUGGAGCAGCUGUCUUUAUCUGUUCAGGUAUUCCGUACCAACAAACAUGUAGCUCGUGACAUGUCGAAGCGGAGGACGGAUUCACACUGUUUUGCUCCGGGUUGCCGAAGCGGCUACCCGGGCGCCCCGAAGGCAUCGUUGUUUGCAGCUCCUAGAGAAGACGAUCUCCGCAGAAAGUGGGAGCGUAACCUCCGGAGGGAUGACAAGCCUCUGACCGAAACAUCAGCGGUGUGCGAACAUCACUUCGAGCCAAGAUAUAUUCUGCGCGAAUAUGUGCACGUGAUAAAUGGCUGUGAAGUGCGCACUCCCCGAGGAAAACCGUCAUUGGUGCCUGAUGCCGUGCCAACGCUUUUGCCAGGUUGUCCAGCGUACCUUUCCGUCGCUGCGCCCAAGCAAAGACCCGAGAGAAGGAAAGCAGCCAAACCUCCUGAAGGCGCAAGCAGAAAGCGGCGCAGGCCUGAUGCACCUGACGAAGUGUGCGACGGCGGUGAAAUGGAAGGCAUGAACUUUAAUGCUGCCACUAGUGCGCGACUUUCAAUUGAAGCUAUUCGCACACUUGAAGUUCCUGCAAACUACUGGUGUCGUAUAGAAGCAGUUGGCCACUGCGAUCUAAUAUUUGUGACGACAGUGAUAAGCAAGCGUACAAAACUGGAUAUUUUUCAUGAAAAAGCUGUGUGCUUUAUGUCCACAGAAGGAAAAAUUGUAGCCCAAGUCUUCUAUCAAGGUGUUUUGUGUCAAGAGAAACCCGUGCAAUCCCUUGCUGAGGCCACAUCCGUAUUGGAAGAAGCUCGAGAAAGCCCUGUCUGCAAGGGAGCAAUGUGUAAACAAGAAUUCAAGCCGCUUUCCUCUCGGCUGACCGCACAUCAUCGAGCUGAAGCAAACACUGCUGGACGAUCCGUGAUCAGCGUACGCUGCUUCGGAAAAGUUUCUUCUGAAGGCUCAAGUUGUGCACAAUGCAAGUCCCUUAGGAAAGCGUUACUGACAAGAAAGUCGUACAUUAACUGUCGUGUACACCUGCCUGUAACGAAAACCCUUUCUUCACGACUGACGCAACAAAAGAAGAAGACAGCACGUCUUCAAAAUCAGGCAUGUGUACUUAAGAAAAAGUUGAGUGUCAUGCUUGCCAAGAAUGUGGCAAUCGCAGAAGAAGAUUUCAAUGCAAAAGUAGCUCUCCUACCAGAGAAGCAGCGCGAGGCAACUCUCCACAUAUUCAAAGCUUCUUCACGGAAGAGUACUAAAGGCAUGAUAUUUUCAAAUGAGUGGGUGCUCGAAUGUUUGAUUAUGAAGCUGAAAAGUGCAAGGUUGUAUGAGCACUUGAGAAAAGAAAAAAUCUUAGUUCUCCCCAGUAAGACUACGCUUCGCAAAUAUUUAAAAUGCUACAGAACUGGGUUUGGAUUUAGCAAUAAAAUCUUUGAUGUGCUGAAGCAAAAGACUUGCACUAUGGACGAGUUUUUAUGCCAUGGAGGACUCAUCGUGGAUGAACUGAAACUCUCGGAGCACCUCUCAGUGAACAGUGAAGGCCGCAUUGAUGGCUUCGUUGACUUGGGACAGUUUACGUCUGACAAAGAUGAGCACAGCGUCUGUGAUCACGGUAUGGUGAUAAUUUUUGUGCCCUUUGUUGGCAAAUGGACGCAAAUACUCGCUGCAUUUGCGACUCAUGGAAACAUAAAUGGGAACCUGCUGACGAAGAUAAUGCUUGAAGCCGUCAUUUUAGCUGAGAAGGCCGGACUCAAGGUUGAUUUCAUUACGUCUGAUGGUGCCACUUGGAAUCGGGAAAUGUGGUCUGUGAUGGGCAUCAAAGCAUCACUGACAGAAACGAAAUGCAGCACAUUGCAUCCAGUGGACCCAACGCGCAAACUCCAUUUUCUGUCGGACUUUCCUCACUUAAUUAAGUGCCUGAGGAAUGGACUACUAAGGUCGGACUACGAAACACUUGAGGGCCGGGUAUCUUUACAAUUCGUACGCAAAGCUUUGGAACUGGAUGGUUGCAGUGUCACAUUGCAGGCAAUGCAUGGAAUCACCGGAAGCCACACGAACCCCAACAAUUUUGAAAAGAUGAGAGUAUCUUUAGCUUUUCGGAGAAAAAGUGAUUCAUGGUCUGCAGCUGUACAAGUCAGGAAUUGAAGAUAUCUGUGGUGACAUCACAGCUACACUAAAGUUUUUCAAGUAAGUGUCAUCACAUUGCGGUUUUAUUGCGAUUGCACCUUUCACCAUGCAUAUGACAGUCUGACUCUUGCUCACAAACACAGAUUCAUCCUGCUUUUGUUCAUUUCACAGGAUCAUCCAUGACCUUGUGCAAAUGAUGACUUCACGAUUUCCAGCUGAAGCGCUGCGCCCAAGUUCAGCAAGUGUUGAGAAGCUGCGAUCGUUUCAGGAGUAUCUUUCAUCAUGGGAAGACCACACGAAGGGGCAGAAAGGAUUCCUGAGCCAGUCAACAGCAGCUGGGCUGCGAGUGGCAGUGUCAAGUGUGCUUUCUUUGCUUCAGUAUCUCACUGAGAAACUAGGCUACAGGUACCUAAUGACAUCUAGAGUAAGCCAAGAUCCUGUUGAGCAUCUUUUUGGCAUUGUCAGGCAGUCGUCUGGAUGUAACACGCACCCAACACCACAGCAGUUUAUUAGCACUAUCAACUGCUUGAGCUUCAACAAUCUUGCUCACUCAGCUUCAAAGGGAAACUGUGAGCCUGCAGUGCUCCAUGCCCUUCUACCCGCAAAUUCAGGUGCUGAAAAUGUUCCAUCUGGUAAACAGCGCUUAAUGGACAAGUUUAUAAACAGUGACAAUGUAGCUGCCGUGCAGAGCUCGCUCCCACAGAGUGCGCCAGACCAUGCGUCAUGCAUUAUAUCUGCCAGUGACAACCGGCUAACAUUUUAUAUAGCAGGAUGUGUAGCUAGAAAAUGCCUACUGAAGUCUGGCUGCGAAGAGUGCCGUAAACUUCUUCUAAUGCAAAAGGAGUCUGCUGAAAGUCUCAAACACCUUGCGCAAUUGACACACAUGAAAGACAGAGGUGGCCUGCUUUAUUUGUCUAGCCUGUUGUUUAAGUUUGUUCAUGAUUUAGAAAAAGCCUUCACAACGUGUUUCAGUUUGCUGGAGCUGCACGCUGAUAGCAUACUCCACAUUUUAAGCGAAGUUAAGGCAAAGCAAAAAAAUGGGCUUGGUUGUCGUGACUAUUCUGAAGGCAUUGCAGCUGAGGUCAUCGUUUUUUACAUCACUACUCGUCUGCAUUUCCUAACUAAAAGCGUGAACCAGAAUAGUGCU